AUGUCUAAUACUGCUACUAGUAGUAAUCCUACAAGUCGGAUACGACUAAGAAAGUCAAAAGGUGGUGGUGCAGCAACAAAAUUACCACAUCAAGUUCUUAGGAGAAAUGAACGAGAAAGAAAACGUGUUCAACAGGUAAAUCUUGGAUUCAUACACCUUCGUGAUCGGGUACCACAUUCAGCAACCAGUAAGAAAUUGAGUAAAGUGGAAACACUUCGUGAAGCAGCCCGGUAUAUUAAGCAUUUGCAAGAUCUGUUGCAAGGUACCUGCGAUAAACCAUUUGAACCUUUGAAUACCAGUCAAGAACCGCGAAACUGUCACGAUAGUCCAUGCUUCUCGGAAGAAAAUCAUUAUCCUCUGCCAGAUCAAACUACUGGUACCUGUCAAUUUGAUUGCAAUGCUGAACCUCUUUACUAUCAACUUCCUUAUGCUAAUAAUUCUUCGCUUUAUUAUAAAUCAUCAACCUCAUUUAAUCCCAAUAAUGCGGUGGUGAAAUCUGAAAAUGAAUCAUUGAGUACAUCUUCUUAUUCGUCAUCCUCCUUAAGUUUCACCGAGAUUACACGGUUUCAACGAACUGAUUACGUAUUAUGA